AUGAAGGACGAGCUGUUGAAACAGGGUGACUACAACGUCAUUCUUGUGGACUGGUCAGGGGGCAACAAGCCGCCCUACACCCAGGCCACAGCCAAUACAAGAGUCGUAGCGGCUCAGAUAGCUCAACUCAUCAACCAAAUCAGUGCUAAAUACGGUACACCAGCCAAAAGCUUCCACGUCAUCGGUCACAGUCUGGGCUCUCACAUCUCUGGUUACGCUGGGGAGAGGGUGCCAGGUUUGGGGAGGAUUACAGGUCUGGACCCCGCCGGCCCAUAUUUUGAGAACACUCCAGUCAGCAUCAGACUUGACCCCACUGACGCGUUGUUUGUUGACGCCAUCCACACUGACGCUGGGACUCUUCUCACAGCUAACCUCGGCAUCAUGCAGGCUGUAGGUCACGUUGACUUUUAUCCAAACGGUGGACACAAUCAGCCUGGGUGUAUCCAGUCUCCUAUUACAUCCAUUGAGCAGUGGGGGCUUAUUGAUGGUAGGUGA